AGCAGAGGCAGGGCACGGUAGUGCAGGCUUGUCAACACAGCCACAGCACCUAGUUCAGCAGUAAUCCCAACACCGGAACAAUCUAUUGUAACUGCUAGCCUCCACCUCUGUACGUUAGCUGCUCUGGAUAAGAGCAUCUGCCAAGUUAUUGUGGUGUAAAUGUAAUGUCACUAGUGUGAAUCAUACUUGUGAUACACAUACAAACCUACUAGCACGAUUGUAGAAACUGUAAAAAGGUUUCAAAUUUACUGUCCUUCAAAGAAAGAUUAAUGUCUCUCAUUCAGCUUAAACCAUGUCCGUAUGUGUACUUAUGUAUCAAUCAAAAUCAACAAAUUAAUAAAUCAAAUAAAAUAUUCUUAUUUGGAACGCUUUGAGAUAAUGACAAGAUUGCAAAACAAUCUAGAUUGUUAUAAUAUGCAAAAAGGAAAUUACGAAUUGGCAGAAUAUCUCUCCACUAUCAGAGAUAUGAAGCCAAAUCCUUACUAAAUACAGAAGUGAUCACACCCUGCCCAUUGAAACAGGAAGGAACAAAAAAACCUUUGCCCCAAACAGGAAAGAACAUGUAAUGACUGUGAAACAGGAGAGGUUGAGACAGAAAUAUACUCCCUUCUACACUGCAAUGAAUAUGUAAAUAUACAGAAAUUUGCAAGUUCUUCGAAAAAAUAAAAUAAUACUUCCAAAUUUUGCCAGAGAGAGAUAGAGAGAGACUUUGACUUUUAAAAAACCCUUUAUUUAACAUAACUUUAAACAAAGGGCAUUAUAAAUAAAAAAUAGAGAAACAACCCAUAUCGAUGACCUUAUAUCCCACCCAAUUGAGCUACCCCCAAACAACACCAACCCCCAUACCACCUACAACAUAACCAGAACAUUAAAAAAGCAAGAAAGAAAAAACAAAAACAAAAAAACAAAUUUUGCCAGAGAGAGUGUGUAUGUGUGUGUGUGUGUGUGUGAAAUGAAAAGCCAUUCCAAAACUGAUCAUGAGAGGGCGCCAGAGCAGUGCUGUACAGUUCUCCUGCCUGGGGACUCACUGCCCAGUUAGGGAGCAAAUGCAUUUCCCUAAUCUACUCCACAUAGCAAAAUUCACCACUCAACAGCUGGGUUAACCAAAGUCCAAACUGGUGUUCAUUGUAACCAGUGAAACAAGAUAUAUGAAACAAGUGCAGAGUUUGGUUCUAUAGGGGGUUGCACGUUUGAUUCUCUGCUGAGGCACUACCCUUGUAGCCGUAAACUAGGUUCCAAAUUGCUUUAGAAAAUAUCCAGCUAGUGUUAAUGGAAUGUAAUAUGCAAUGGAUAUGUAAGGAAUGUAAGCUGCUGCUCUGGAUGAAGGUGUGUGCUUUAUGCCUUAAUUUAACAUCAUUUGACUGGUGUUAAUGUCACUGAAAAGUGUUCUUUUAUGCACAUCAUUUUUCCGGGUGUAUCUCACCACCCGUCUAAGCCCCUCCCGGCACUCGGCACCGGGACCCGACCUGCAGUUUGGGGGCCGCUGAGAGAAAGACGGCGAUGGGGGCGGGGGCAGAGCGGGCACCCGCGGCUCUGUGCAGCUGCACACUGGUGUUCAGCGACGGGCGGCGGGGCCAGACAGAGCCUCAUUGUUCCCGAGGUGGGGGUCAGCUGACCGCCACAUCGUUCCGCCCACCCGUAGCCGUGACCGCUGUGGCGCAUUAAUGGUGUCCUCUGAAGCCUCACAUUUCGCAUGGUGGAAAAACUUUCAGAAACCCGCUAUCAACAUGUUUACAUAUUAUGACACGUUUGAGGUGUUAUCAGCUUAUGAGAGCGGACGUUUCGGUUGUGGUUACGCAAGAUAAAAAGGAAAUUAAGCAUACAGUCUUCUGUUCACGGUUUUUAUUAUCCGCCCUGUGCUCUACAUUCUGCACACUGAACACUGCACACUAUGUACUGCACACUGUACACUGCUCUACACAGGCCCUGCAGGGCAGAGAGGGUUUCAAACAUGCCGGUGUUCUCUCCUGCAGGGCAUAAAGGGUUAUUAAAAACGCUGGUGUUCUCUGCUGGAAGAACUGUGCCCCCCUUACCCUUUAAAAGCAUUCUUCUGUCAGCUGCUUUGCCUCAGGGAAACACACACACAUAUAUACACACACACACGCACACACACACACACGCACAAGCACUGGUACACACACACAUAACCGCACACAUACCCGUGUGCGUACAUUCACAUGCACACAUAGAAACACACGCACACACAUAUGCGUACACACACGCACACAUCCACCUGUCCAUACAAUCAUGCGUCCAUACAAUCAAGCAGACUUUCACGUAGGCACUCACAUGCACACGUGCACCUACACAGGAACACAUGCAUGCACAUGCACACACAUUUUAUGGAACAAAUUUCCUAGGGGAAGAUCUUAUCAUCGGAAAGCCUGCGUCUUUUGGGAGAGACUUACAGGGUAGGGGUAGGUGCAUAAAUAGAUAGACUAAAAAUGGAGGGGGGGGGGAGCUGGACCUGUUGCUGGAUGUGUUUCUAAACAAACAGAAAGUGGGAGCAGGAGUGGGAGGGGUGUGGUACUGUAUCUGCUCAAAAAGGAAAAAAGAAAGGAGGAGGACAUUUGGGAGGAGGGAAAGAGGGAGAGAGAGGCAGAAAAGAGAUGGACAUGAUGUAGACAGAAACAACACUAUAUAUAUAAAGGAGAAAGAAAGAGAAAAAGCAGUGUGAUUACAAGUGCGUAUCUGCAAAAGGAAGCCAGGAGAGAGUGGACAGACAAACGAGUGCUGGGGAAGCAGAGGAAAAGAGCUGGGAACAGAGGAAGAGACACAGGCAGGACGGGAGAAGAAGGGAGACCGGAAUUAGAGAAAGGAAAGGAGAGAGAGAGCAUGAGAGAGAGAGAGAGAGAGAGAGAGAGAGAGAGGGAGAGAGGGAGGGAGAGAGCGUGAGACAGCUGCAAUAAAGAACAAGUAACAAGUGGAGUCAGUUGAACAGAGAGACAGAGAGAGAGAGAGAGAGAGAGAGAGACCAAAAAAGGACUGAAGCCAGAGCAGACUUGACAGACGCUGAAGAGGAAAAGCAGGAAAAGUGAGGAAAAGAGAGCAAACGAGUGGGAAAGAGAGAGAGAGAAAGGAGGAGAGCGGUCCAUGUUCUACUGUCAGCUGGAUAGGCAAAGAGGGAAAGAGAGAGAGGAAGAGAGUGACAGAGGCAGAGUAAAGAAAAAAGCCAGAAAGGCCGAAGCACAGCCGAAAGUGAACCGGAGAGAGAGAGCGACAGUGCGACAGAGCAGAGGGAGGUAGAGCGGGCGGGGGAGCGGGACGGCCGGUGAGGGCACGAUGCGGACCCUGCGGAGCUGCUGAGGCCGGCGCUGGGGUGGGCCACAUGUCGACGGGCACUGACCCGCGGGAGCUGGCCCUGCCGGGCACGGGGACGCACGGGCCAGUGGGGCUGCAGACGCUGCUGGACCUGCUGGUGGGCGUGUACCAGGAGUUCCUGUCCUCACCCUUCACCAGGGAGAAGUUCGUCUCGGGCUUCCUCAAGUGGGCGGAGCCCCUGGUGAGACAGGUGAAGAAGAUGCGAAUACAGAAGGACGACUUUGACAUCCUCAAGGUGAUUGGCCGCGGAACCUUCAGUGAGGUUGCCGUGGCGCGCAUGCGCAGCACGCAGCAGGUCUAUGCCCUGAAGAUCAUGAACAAGUGGGACAUGCUGAAACGGGGGGAGACAGCAUGUUACCAGGAGGAGCGGGAGGUCCUGCUGAAGGGGGAUCCACUCUGGAUCACAAAGCUCCACUACGCCUUCCAGGAUGACAACUACCUGUACCUGGUGAUGGAUUACUACGUUGGCGGAGACCUGCUUACGCUGCUUAGUAAAUUUGGGGACCGCUUCCCUGAAGACAUGGCUCACUUCUACCUGGCUGAGAUGGUCAUGGCCAUCAACUCUAUCCACAGACUGGGCUACGUACACAGGGAUAUCAAGCCUGACAACAUCCUGCUGACGGCCGGGGGCCACGUGCGGCUGGGGGACUUUGGGUCCUGCCUGAGACUGCAGAAGGACGGAAUGGUCUACUCGUCCCUGGCGGUGGGGACUCCAGACUACCUGUCCCCUGAGAUCCUGCGGGCCGUAGAGGGGGGAGGGGGGUAUGGCCUGGAGUGUGACUGGUGGGCGCUUGGCGUCUGCGCCUACGAGAUGCUGUUCGGGACCACGCCCUUCUACGCAGAGUCUCUCACUGAGACCUAUGCCAAAAUCAUCCACUUUCAGGAUCACUUUGAGCUCCCUCCCGCUGGCUCUGAGGUGUCUGCAGAGGCGCGCUCCCUCAUGGCCGGCCUGAUCUGUGAGCGGGAGGAGCGUCUGGGCUCCGGGGGCUUUGAGGACUUCGCUAACCACCCCUUCUUCUGUGGCCUGGACUGGGAUUCCCUGCACCUCCUCCCCGGCCCCUUCCAGCCCGAGGUCUCCAACGCCACCGACACCUCCAACUUCGACGUGGUGGACGACUGCCUCAGCGACACGGAGACGCUGUGUGAUGUGAUGGACAGGGUGCCUGUGGGGGUCCACCUGGCCUUUGUUGGCUUCUCCUACACAGCAACCAGAGAAACAGGUGCUCAGGACCACAGCCAUGACAUCAUGAUGGAGAUUGAUAAUCGACCAAUGAGAGAUUCCAAACGGCUACUGUUCCAAGAGAAUCUGAAUGAGGUAUGGCAGCUCAGUGAGGACCUGCAGGCCACCCUGCCUGCCGUGCUGAAGCUCCCCCUAGAGCCGGGACAGGGUACUGCGGAAUCUCCACACUGCGUGGAUGAAACAAUCCAGAGCUCUGCACACACUCUGGAUCUAGACAGGAGACUGCGGGAGGCAGAGAGGAGGAACAGAGAGAUAGAGGAAGAGAUGGAGAGACUGAGGAAGGAGAUAAAGACCCUGAGGGACAUCAGGGAGACAGAGCUGAGUGUCUGCCUGCCACGCCCCUCUCUGCCUGCCCACCACCCGGACCCCACGGGGGACGGAGCAACAGCGCCCCCUGCCUGCCAUUACCCACUGGUCAUCCCUCUUCUCCGUCACCUGCUGCUGUUCCACAGGGUGCGCUGGCCCCAGGUGGUGUGUGAAGGUUACCUGCUGGUGUGUGCCGAGGGAGCAGAGCUGCAAGCCUGGAGCAGAAAGUGCUGUGCAGACCUGUCCUAAUGUCCUGCUCUCCCCCCCAACCCGCACCAAUGGACCUGUCCUAAUGUCCUGCUCUCCCCACCAAUCCGCACCGAUGGACCUGUCCUAAUGUCCUGCCCUCCCCCCAAUCCGCACCAAUGGACCUGUCCUAAUGUCCUGCUCUCCCUCCCAACCCGCACCAAUGGACCUGUCCUAAUGUCCUGCUCUCCCCCCCAACCCGCACCAAUGGACCUGUCCUAAUGUCCUGCUCUCCCCCUCAACCCGCACCAAUGGACCUGUCCUAAUGUCCUGCUCUCCCCCUCAACCCGCACCAAUGGACCUGUCCUAAUGUCCUGCUCUCCCCCCCAAUCCGCACCAAUGGACCUGUCCUAAUGUCCUGCUCUCCCCCUCAACCCGCACCAAUGGACCUGUCCUAAUGUCCUGCUCUCCCCCUCAACCCGCACCAAUGGACCUGUCCUAAUGUCCUGCUCUCCCCCCCAACCCGCACCAAUGGACCUGUCCUAAUGUCCUGCUCUCCCCACCAAUCCGCACCGAUGGACCUGUCCUAAUGUCCUGCCCUCCCCACAACCCGCACCAAUGGACCUGUCCUAAUGUCCUGCCCUCCCCACAACCCGCACCAA